GGCCGCCUGGAGCAACAUUAGACUUUUUCUGCUUUCCCUUUCGCGCGACUGCUUCCUCCGCAACCACAGUUUCGCCAUCUCUGGACGCUGGCCGUUCUCUGCUCUCUCUUCACCACCACCCAACCCCGUGUCGAAAUAAGUACCGGAAUUGGCAGCACGCAACGUUUGGGCAGCUCCAGGAAGAGAACCACCAUGGCUGCUGAGAACCUCAAGAAGAGGCUUCAGGAGGAAGUGACUUGCUGCAUUUGCCUCGACUUCUUCACCGAUCCUGUUACCUUAGAGUGUGAGCACAGCUUCUGCUCCGCCUGCAUUGCCCAGUGUUGGGGGGAAACUUCUGCCAACGCCCUCUGCCCUCUGUGUAAAAGGGCCAUCCGGGCAACAAAGUCCAAGCCGAACAAACAGCUGAGCAACUUUGCCGAGAUAGCCAAGCAGCUGAAAGAUCAGGAGAGGGAGGAGGCUGAAGGGAGGCGGUUCUGCGGGAGACACGGGGAGCCCCUCAAACUCUUCUGCAAGGACGACCAAGUCCCCAUCUGUGUGGUGUGUGACUGGUCCAAGGAGCACAAAGGACACGACGUGGUUCCCAAGGAGGAGGCUGCCCAAGAGUACAGGGAUCACAUCUGCAGCUUGCUGGAAGUGAUGAGGAAGCAGAGAGAAGAGAUACUGGUGCAUAUAUUGAAUACAGAAAAGGAAAGCCAAGACCUGCUUAAACGGAUAGAAUCCGAGCGGGAGAAAAUGACGGCGGGGGUCAAGCAGCUGUACCACAUUAUCAAAAAGCAACUGGGCUUCGUUGUGGCACAGAUGGAGUGGGCCAAGAAGGAGAUUAUGGCGAAGAGGGACGAGCAAAUGGCCAAACUCUCCCAGGACCUCUCCUCUCUGGGCAGCAGCAUCCAAGAGAUGGAGCAGACAUCUCGGCUGCCUGUGAGUGACUUCCUGCAGGAAGUUGCAGGCACCUUGCAAAGGAGCAAGGAGGUCAAGUUUAAAAACGUAGCCACUUUCCCUCCCAAACUAAAAUGGAAAACUUGGGAAUUUUGGGACAUCACUGCCAUUUUGCAGAAGUUCACAGAGAAAUUCAAAGGCAAUCUGAUAUCUGGAUAUUCACUGCGUAAAGCGAAAGUGUCUCUGAACCCAGCCACGGCUCACCCUCGGCUCGUCGUAUCCGAGGACCUGAGAAGUUUGGCGAUGGCAGAAAGGACGCAGGCCCUUCCUCUCGGCGCCGGCCGGUUUGAGUGCUGGCCGUGCGCUCAGUGCCGGGAGUCCUUCAGCUCUGGCCGAAGCUACUGGGAAGUUGAAGUGAGGAAUGAGGGCGCCUGGGCUCUGGGCAUCUCGAAACCACUUGUGGCGGUCAGGAAAGACUCCCACCCUUCCCCGGAAGCCGGCGUCUGGGCUAUUGGGAGGUGGGAGGGUCAGUACAGGGCCGUUGUCCCUCCGCAUUACCCUUUCCUGUAUCCGAGCAGGGAGCCCCAACGGAUACGAGUAGCCCUAAAUCUGGAUGCUCAACAGGUGGCGUUUUUUGACGCUGAGGCGGCAAGUCUGCUCCAUACUUUCUCCUUAGCUGAAUCCUCGUCCGACACCUUCUGCCCCUUCUUUUGGAUAUGGAAAAAGUCCCACCUCCAACUCUGCCCAUGAGAAAGGGGCGCAGCCUCUGUUGUUAAUCUAUUUUCUGCUCCUUCCCUCCAGCUUCUCCCAUUGGAAACUAACAACAAACCUCCAAACCAAAAGGCUGGAGAUUCUUUCGGUCUCUAAGCUUCUCUUUAC